AUGGCCAACAUUCUGGUUCAACAGCACCCGCUGCAGAGGCUUCCUAGCCCGUCCAGGGGCGUUUCCGCUCUGGUUCAUCUGACCGGUCUGGCGAGCUUUUUCUGGUCAUUCAAGUUUAUGCAUGACAACCCGAACAGAGCAGAUGAGGCAUAUGGUUGGCAUUUCCAGUAUUUGACCAUUAUUGGCCUGACGUUGUCUACGUUGACCUUCCUUGUUGCUCUAUUGGCAGAUAUUACAUUAUCACGGCGUCUUUUCUUGGCCAAAAACCUGCUGUCGGUAUGCAGUGCCCCGCUGGAGGUUCUGGUUAGUGUUUUGUACUGGGGGCUUCGAGUGAUCGACGAGCGACUAGUGGUGCCUGAUUGGGCUGUCAUUCCACUCCAUGCGGAUCUCAGCUUCCAUGCAAUCCCGUCUAUUGUCAUGCUGGUGGACUUACUAUUCUUGUCUCCCCCGUGGACUAUCACAGCCCUCCCUUCACUGGGAUUGUCUGGGACUAUUGCCUUUGGGUACUGGUUUUGGGUGGAGCAGUGCUUCCUGUACAACGGGUGGUACCCGUACCCUAUCUUUGAACAGUUAUCGACAAUGGGCCGUGUUGGCCUUUUCUCACUCAGUGCUGUUGUGAUGGCGUUGAGUACUAUCUCGAUUCAAUGGUUGUAUGGUCGCGUCAAUGGAUUUGGUACUGGUACCCAGCCUCAAUCUCGUCCAGGCGAUAUCAAACGAAAGGAGGGUCUGUGA